UGUUUUUCUUAUUACAUACGUAAUGACAGUACCUAUAGGCUUCUAAAAUUUCUAAUUUUUUUGAUUUUACAGCUGAAAUACAAUUUUAUGCAUCGUGAGGACAAUUAAUUGUGCAAAAGCUUUGUGACUCGCGACCCUUGCUGUGGAUUGAUUUCAAAAUGGCGUCAAGCGCGUUCCUUGCUAGAAUGCGUCAUUUAUAGAAGCGCUGCAUGUGUAUUUCUACAAUGGUUUAAAAAUAGAGGACUUUCGGUUGCAUGGAUUACAAUGAAAAAUGUCGAAUACAGUGAUAACGAACUACACGGACCUAAAUGGGCCUUCCACGAAGGCUGAUAGUUCUGUUGUUGUUAUUGUAAACAAGGAUGGAUCUCUUUCUGUGGAUCAAAACUUACUUGGAACGUUAAUGGGAACUGAUGGAUCACAAGCUGCUGGAAUAAGUGUAGUUCGAGUGGGUCAUGAAGGCAAGCCUGACGAUGCCACUGAUUCUGAGGGAGAGGAUGACAAAAUACCACACGUAACACUUUCAGUUGACAGUUAUUACGAUGAGCCUAAUAGCAUCAUAAAGUAUGAUAGUGGAGCUGAAAUGUUACAAUCAUUGAGAAUUGAAACGAGAGAGAAUAGUCUGAUUGGGUUUCAUAAUGAUCAUUGUUACACAUCUCUCACAUCUCCGAGCCAGUCUCUUCCACAGAGAACUGACAGCUUUGCCGGCUAUGAUGAUCCUGUUAUUGAGAUCACACACACUCCACCUCCAAAACCAGUCCCAAGUGCAAAGAAAAUCACAAUAUUGGAACAACAAAUCAUACCCAAAGGCAGAAAAAUUGCUAUAAAUCCUCAGGAAGGUAUUGUCUUGAAGGGGAAUGAUGUAUUAACAAAACCAUUGCCAGUCUUGACUAAAUCAAAAUAUGCCACUGAACCGGAAAAGAGUACAUCAAGUCAACCUAAAAGUGAGGAAGAAACUGAGUCAUCAUCGGCAAGCUCUUCUGCCAGUGCAAUUUCUGACAGAGACUCUGAUUCAGACUAUAAAGAUACAAAAGACAGGUCGGGACCUCCCAAGUUGCGUAAAACAAAAUUAAAACCUCGAAUUCUAAAGAGUGCUCAGGCCACUAAAGCCAAAGUUAGCCCUAAAGUGGCUGCCAGAUUGAAGUCUAACAAAAGUCUAAUCAAACGAGAAAUUAAAGAAAAAAUCAUCAGUAAAAAUGUACCAGAAAAGAAGCAAAUUUUGUCAGAUACUGUAUUACAGAAGGAGAGCCCUGUUGCCGUACCAAGAGUCAACCUUAGUGGGCACGAACUCAGCAGAGUUGUAGUAAAACCAUCUUUGAAACCGAUCAAAAAGGAAAAGAAAACACCUGCUCACGUUUCCGCCUUACUGACUGACAUGACGUCACUGUUCUCCACACCUGAUGUGAUUAGGAGAGUUUCAACUGAUAAUAAACCACCUACUAUAGGUGAGAAGGAACAAGUCGUCGGCGUCAAGAAACCGGACCCCGCUAAACCACAGGAGGGAGAGGAGAAGCCAUCGGACGUGGUCAGAACUCUCGGAGCCAUAGAUAAAACCAAAAGUGUCGUUCCACAGAAAACAUACUCCAAACAGAAAGACAAGACGAUCAAUCCUUCCGAUAAAGUAUCGAAAGGCUACGAUCUCAUUCCACAAAUCGAUGAUGCCAGUCUGGCGCAGAUAUUCCAAGACACUCCCGUUACAACUUUAAAUAAAACUCAGCCCACUAUUUCAACAAUUCACACCAUGAACAGCCCAAGUCUAGCCGGCCCGCUAUCUCCCACUCUAGACCUCCUGGGGGCCCUGCCGUCCGAGGAGGAAGGUCUGAGCGAGGACUUCCUGAUGCAGGUGGCCCAGCUGGUGGAGCGUUCGGAGAACCUCCAGGAGGUCCUGGACAAACAGGUCCUCGGCAAAGCGGACGCGGGCCCGGCCCCCGCGGGGGCGCCGGCGCCCGGCCGACCCCCGACGCCCCAGACGCCCGCAUCGAGGAGUCUUCUAUACCGGCAGACGCCACCGAAAGCGGCGAAAACCCUGCCGCCGCAAAAGAAUCCGAUCGAGAUAGUGAGACGCGACGGUCGCGUUAUCACAUUGCCGCCGAUAGAGGCGCCCGCCACGAGGUCAUCGAAACGGAAGAGUCAGCUGACGGGCCUGGAGCCCUCGCCGGCGCCCGCCGCCGCGCCGCCGCCGCCCGCGCCCGCGCCGCCCGCGCCGCCGCCGGCCGCGCCCGAGCCGGCGCCGGCGCACACCUCCAAGGCCUACGUCAACAAGAAACUGCCACCUAAGAGACCGGAGCCGGCCGCGCCGCCGCCCGUCGUUCCUGACAAAAUAUUUACGGAAUCUCAGGAGAGCUGGAACUCGGAAGAUGAUCCUUAUAGAUUGUGGUGUAUAUGUAAACAGCCCCACAACAAUCGCUUCAUGAUAUGUUGCGACAGCUGCGAGGACUGGUUCCACGGCAAGUGUGUUAACAUUACCAAAGCGAUGGGCCAGCAGAUGGAGGAGGAUGGCAUCGAAUGGCGAUGUCCCAACUGUGUGAAAAAGACGAAACAUACUCCUAAAACUAUCACAAAUAAAAUGACAAUUCAAAAGAAGCAAGAAGUUGAUACUGAUCAAUCACCACCCCUUCUGGUGUCGCCACCUGCGAGCAAAGUCGUGUCGUCAAAGACGAGUUGCAUCGUUUGUAAGAAGCCAGCCCGCCCCAGCAGCAUUUACUGCAGCGACGCGUGUAUCCUGAAACACGCGCAAGACUCGUUGGGAAAUCAUACACCAGGGAAAUCAGAUGGGGACAGAGAUCAUGAUAAAACAAAAUCAGAUUCCAGAGUAAUUGUGUAUGAAAGAAAGUCUGGCAGAGUACUCGCUGGACCGAAUGCUCCUACACCUGAAAACUUGAAAAUUUGGCUACAAAAGAAUCCUACUUUUGAAGUCGUACGGCCUGGGACUCUCAGUGCUAUUAAACCGAAUGUAAUGAAGAAGAAAGCAGCAGCAUCAGCAACAAAGGAACCAAGCAAGAUACAAACAACACUUAAUUUUGAACGAAUUCCGAAGAAACCAGGGCUGCAAACUCCUAAAGAACUCAAAGUGAUUUCUCCUAAACUAAUGUACGCAAGAGACGAGCCGAGAACUCUGACGUCACCGAAAACUCCAGUGACGCCGAAAUCACAGCAGCCGCAAUUCCCUGACACCCCAAGAGCCAGUACUUCGGGCCUACGAACUAUGGCGGAACCCAGAAAACUCGUUCGCACCGCUAACCGGUCAGCCAGCGAAAAACCAACUAAGGCACCAUCAGUCUCGCCGGCCGCAGCGCGCAAAAAGGACACGCCGCCCGACACUAAAAACAAAAUGAAGUCCGCGGAGCCAAUCCGGGACAACGUGAGGAAAGCCCUGCAAGAACAAAUGACUGUCCGCAUGGCCGAGUGCACCGGACCCAAGUUCAGUGAAGACGAGAUAAAACUGUUCGCGUACGACACAGAGUUGGAGCUGCACGAGUUGUUCCGGGACGUCGGCAUGAAGUAUAAGGCGAAGUACAGGUCGCUAAUGUUUAACAUCAAGGAUCGGAAAAAUCUUUCGCUGUGGCAGAAAAUCUGUGAUAAAACUAUAACACCUAAACAAUUGGUACGAUUGUCGCCGGAGGAAUUAGCUAGUCAGGAGUUAGCACAAUGGAGAGACAAGGAAGCUAAAUAUCAGUUGGAGUUAAUAAAGAAAUCUGAACUGGAUUUGUUAGCUGCCAGUAAAACAUAUGUUCUUAAGACACAUAAGGGUGAAGAGGUAAUGGAGACAAAAGAAUCUGUUUCUACCGAGUUAGACCCGAACGUGCCAGUAGAAGAUUUGGUCUCAGCUCUGAAUGACUCUACAGCAACUGAGGAACCUUCAAAAGACAACUCCUCUGAAACCACCGAAAGUCCGGUGAAACCCAAUUCUAAUAAAAAGCAUAGUAGUAAGAAAAGCGCAAAAGAUUCUUCCCAUUCCAAAAAAAGUAGUCGAGAAUCAAAACGAGACUCGGAAAGCAGAAAAUCCCGAUCGUCAAGAAGAAAGUCGGACGGGAAAGAUAAAGAUGAAAGACAUACACGAAGAUCGGAAAAGAGGACGAGAGCCGCCUCUAAAGAUAAGUCGAGGCGAGACUCUUCGAAAGAGAAAGACACCGAGCGCAGUAGGCGAAGAUCGCGGUCGAGAACUAAGUUGAAAAAGCGGUCGAAGUCUCGAGAACAUUCCAGGUCGGUCUCCCAGAGUCGGGACGUGUCGCGCUCGCGCCACUCGCGCCGCUCCAAGUCCAAGGAGCCCUCGCGGCGCCGGAACACCUCGCGGUCCAAGCAUAGGAGCAGCACCGAAGACAAGGCCAAACAUCGCUCUAGAUCUCAAGAAGUGGUUUACACUAAGAGCAAAAAUGAAUCUACUGAUUCCGAUUCAUUGGAGAGGCCAAAGUCUGCGAUGCUGAAGGAAGCGCAUCCCGAAUAUGACCCACACGAACCCAUGAUCACGUCCGCGUUCUCCGAAGAGGAUCUCAGGAAAUCGAGGGACGACGUGUAUGAAGAUAGCUAUAACAAGAUUGAGAUCGGAGAUUACGGAGACACGGAUUACGACCCGACGAAAACUUUCGCGGCGGAUGCUAGUUUAUUGCCCGGUACCACUUUCGCCUCACCAAAACCUAGUUCUGAAAAACUGGAGAAAGUUGCAGAGGCGGAGAGCGACCAGGAGCCCAGCAGCACGGUGGAGCACUCGUCGGCGCCGGUGUGGAACGGCUGCAUCAACAUGGUGGACGUGGCGCGGUUCUACGUCGCCGCACACGAGGUAUCCGGUACAGCCGCGGAUAUAGAGGAAGAUCUCAGCACGGAAUUGGAUAUCGUGGGGAGGAUAAAUCCCGACACGGUGUGGGACUACAUCAGCAAGAUGAAGAGAGCUAGCAAUAAAGACAUUAUCAUAUUAAAGUUGCAGGCUGCGAACGACGAAGAAAAAAUGCAGUAUAUAGCUCUAUACAGCUAUCUCAGUAGUAGGAAUAGGCUGGGCGUGGUGCGCGUGCUGAACACGACGCUGGUGAAGGACUUCUACAUCGUGCCGCUGCCGGCGCACACGGCGCUGCCGGGCGUGCUGCUGCCGCUGGACGGGCCGGGGCUGGGCGAGGCGCGCACGCACCUGCUGGUCGCCAUCGUCAUCCGCCAGCGCAACAAGCGCGCCGCCGCGCUGCCGCCACAGCCGCCGCUGCCCGCCAAGCAAGUCCGGCGUUCGUCCCGCAAGCGGUCGUACACGCCGCCGGUGGCGGCGGCGGGCGCGUCGUACACGCCGCCCGCGUCGCCGCGCCGCCGCGCGCUGCCGCUGCCCGCCGCAUACACCUCGCCCAAGCUCUCCACCUCGGUCAAGGACAAGAUAGCCGCCACACUAGCGUCAGCGGACGACGACGAGGCGUACAGCCCCGGCUCGUCCACCAGCAGCGGCAGCGCGCCGUCGUCGCUGCGCUGUAAGAUGGACGAGCUCAACCGGCAGAUCGAGGAGCAGAAGCAGCAGAUACGGAAGAUGACGCAGGCGGACUCCUCCGCCGCGGGCGAGGACGAGGCGUACUCGCCGUCGCGGCCGAUGACGCCGCCGGACGCGGGCGCGGGCGCGGGCGUGGUGCCGCUGGCCGACAUCGCGCUGCCGUCUAACCUGCAGGAGAUCCUCGCCACCAUCAAGCAGCGCUCCGAGCCCGCCGCCGACGUCGACAUGCGACUGCCCCAACAACUGCCUUAA